AUGAAAACGUAUAAAAGGAGCGUGAAGUUUCCGCUGCUCAUAGCAACUUACCAGACCCAACUGCGAGCAAUCAUGUUCACUUUCCGCGCUUGUCUCCUCGUGGCUCUGGCGAGCUGUGCCCUUGCCGGCUACGCCAGUUCCUUGUACGGCUACAGAGCCCCUGUAGCAGCCUACCACGCCGCCCCAGUGUACAGCAGAGUCGUGGCCCCGGCCGUCACCGCCGUCCACCACGGUGCAGCCGUGUCCCACGUGUCGAGCGUGAGCAGCUACCGCAGCCAGCACCCCGUGGCUACCCCCGUCGCACGCUACGCCUCCGUCCACACGGCCCCGGCUGUGGCCACUGUCCACACCGUCCCGGCGGUCGCCAAGGUCGCCGCCUACGCUGCCCCGGCGUUCUCCACUGUCCACGCGGUCCCAACUCACGGCUACGGCCUCGGAUAUGGCUACGGUCUGGGCACUUACGGGCUCCGUUACGGUCAUGGCCUGAGCACCUAUGGAUAUGGCCUCGGACACGUUUGGUAA